UCGGAAAAGAUCAACACUGCAAAUUAUAUAUUUAAUAUUGUUUCUGUUUAGGAAACGUGAUAUAAUAAUGUACACAAAUAACUGAUUAUAUUAAAAUAGCAUUGUCAAUUGCUGAAGCUUUUAGUACAAUUAUGCAACAAGUCAGUUGAUCACUGCGAUUUAUGUAUUGUAGUGUACUGUAACCUUUAUAAAAGCCCGACACCGAAAAUGUCUAAUCAACCCCCUAACACACCUAGUUUUCAAAUUCCUGCCUAUGUUCUGGAUGAUUUAUGCAGUCGCUUCAUUAUAAACAUUCCAGAAGAAGAAAGGGAAAAUUUGAUCAGGGUGUUUUUUCAAAUUGAACUAGCUCAUUGGUUUUAUUUGGAUUUUUACUGUGCAGAAAAUCAAGAGCUGAAAACAUGUGGUAUCAAAGAUUUUUCAGCCCAAAUAUUUCACCACUGUCCAACGCUGAGCAGCCAUGUACUAGAGGUGGACAAGAUCCUUGGCAACUGGAAGUCCUACAAGAUGAGUGUGCCAACAUACGGGGCUAUAAUGCUGGAUCCUGACAUGAAAUAUUGCCUGCUAGUGCAAGGGUUCUGGGCAAAGGCCAGUUGGGGAUUUCCCAAGGGCAAAGUCAACGAGAGUGAAUCUCCGUGGGAGUGUGCCAUCAGAGAGGUGUUUGAGGAGACUGGGUUUGAUGUGGCAUCCAUGAUUGACAAAGAGUGCUUCCUGGAGAAUAAGAUGAACGAUCAGCACACCCGACUGUUCAUUAUACAGAAUGUCCCUCUGGACACCAAGUUCCAACCAAAGACCAGAAAAGAGAUUAAGAGCCUCCAGUGGUUUCCCAUUGACUCCCUUCCUGCACACAAGAGGGACCAGAUCUCCAAGACACAGCUGGGACUCAGUCCAAACACUUUCUUCAUGGUCAUACCCUUUGUUAAACCCCUUAGAAAGUGGGUGUCCAUGCAGCAGAAUGCACAGCAGGCAUCAUACAGUCUGCAUUCAUCAAACUCAUCUGGAUCCAUAACGUCCAAGCCUCCUGCACCCAGACACCAGCGGAGCGAGGCGCGCACCGUAAACUCUUACCAAGCACCAGGAAGUGACGUUGACACUGCCUCUGGAUACAGCCGUCAGCAACGAGACAAUAUCAAGCAGAAACAGCAGCAGCAGUUUUCACAGCUCCAUCAGAAUGAGUACAACGAGUACAUGCAGAUAAUAAAGGACUCAAAGGCACGAGCGCGUGAGACCCGGGGCAGGAAGACUCGGGAACAUUCUGAGUCUGACAAGUGGUCACAGUCUCACAGCUUAUCUUCGCCUGGUUAUGACAAGAAACAGCAAUCCACUCCUCAGCAGCAGUACCAUAUCCUGAACCGAGAUGGCAGUAUCGGGAAACCAAGGCGCAGUCUGGCUACUCAAUUCAGUGGUACUGGACAGCGGUUCCCUCAGCAACAGCAACAACAACAACAACCACCACUGCCUCAGCAACAGCCAUAUCAUCAGCAAGUUAAAAAUCAAAGUAAGCCUGAGAAGCGCUCAAGAAGGACUGACCACCCAGAGAAUAGUGUGCCAAUUGAACACUUUGUGCCUCCAUCUUGGAAGAACUUUAAAUUCGAUGUGGACGCUAUAAUGGCAUGUAUAGGUUGAAACCAAUGUGCACAUAGAACUCUUAAGUGUGAUAAUUAUGUGAUAAGAUCAAGGAUUGUUUUGUAAUUGUACCACUCAUAUUUCAGUAUUGGUUUAAUUUUAGUGGUCAAGCAGAAAACAUGUUUUAUUUUCUUGUUUUAAAGACAUUAUUCAAUUGAUGCAAUUUUUCUAAUAUGCUAGGAAGAAAUUUGGACAAGUUGGUGAUUGUAUUGUUUAUGCUUUAGCAAAUUUACAGGGUCAUGUACUUCAUAAGAUAAUGCUUUUUCUACUUUUCUACCGUUGUUAUUCCCUAUGCAUAAUAAAUUUUGUCCACUU